AUGUUCUGGAUCGUUGCUGUUUUGGGCGCAACUGGAAUGUUUGUCUUCCAAGUAUCUGACCUGUUCAGACAUUAUCUAUCACGACCUGUACAGACGUCUGUAACUGUCACCUUUGAGAAGCAACUCAAAUUUCCUGCCGUCACAAUUUGUAAUUUGAACGUGAUAAGGAAAAGCAAAAUGACGAUGUUGCCAAUGCAUUUGAUAGACAAAUUUUUUACGGUCAACAUCACCAAGAACCGUACUCCCUUCGACAUCUUCACGGACAACCUUUUUGGGGAUUUGAACGGAACUUUGGGCAGCGGAUUUAAUACAAGUGAUUAUUUCGACGGGGCUGUUAACAAUGUUACCGAAGAAACGGAUGAUGGCAUCAAUUCUACUUCAGAACCUGCACGAAGAAAAAACCCACCUUCUGAUGGCGAGGAAGGUGGAGGCUCUGGUGGAGAUAACAGGACCCCCGAAGAUCGUGGCUCUAGUGAUGACGAUGAUUUGGGACUCGGGGAAAUUUUUCCAGAUGUGUUUAAAGACUUCCUAGGUGUAGAAAAUUCAAGCCCGGAUAUGAUCCUAAAAAUGAAUGUCGAAUCAUAUAUCGGAGGAGAGGAUCCAGACCGUCUAAUAUCGUAUGGCCAUCAACAAGAAAACUUGAUAAAAAGUUGUACGUGGAAAGGCGUUGACUGUGCAAAAGGAAAUCUCAGCAAGCUUUGGACUUCGAGUUGGAAUUAUAAAUACGGCAACUGUUAUACCUUCAACAAUGGCGUGGAUUAUGAAGACAGCCCAAUUGAGGUUUUACAAUCAUCUAAACCAGGACCGUCCCAAGGUUUAGUUCUUCAACUCGACAUUGAAGAGAAUGAGUACAUUGGUGAACUCUCAAACGAGGCAGGUGUGCGGGUUGUGUUGCAUGAACAAGGAGUUAUGCAUUUUCCUUAUGAAGAAGGAUUUAGUGUCGCCCCAGGUAUGGCGACCUCGGUUGGAAUAACGAAAACAAUGAUGAAGAGAUUGGACAGGUUCGACGAUGGAAGUUGUUUCGAUAAAAGUGUUCAACUAGCUAAAGACAACUUGUACAGGGGAAAACAAAAUAUUACACGCUACUCUAUGCAGGCAUGUCUGAACUCUUGUUUGGGAGUAAGUCAACUAGCCAUGUGUAAAUGCGCAGACGUCUCCUAUCCAACAGGCAAACCAUGCGACCUUUUCAAUCCAAGAGAAAUGAAAUAUCUUUUUCAGUAA